AUGUCUGCCGACAACGUCCCGCCGCCCAUCCAAGUCCCUCAAGUUUCUCGCCAGUCGUCCGCGCCCACCCGUUCGCCAUCGACUGCGCACUCCUCGUCUGGAGAAACCGGCGACCGCGACAUCGUCCCUCCUUAUCACCCCGCCCGCACCCUCGUCCUAUGCUUUGACGGCACCGGUGACAGUUUCGGAUCUUAUAACUCGAACAUCAUCACCUUCUUCAGCCUUCUCAAGAAGGACGACCGCCAUGAGCAAAUGGUUUACUACCAGCCCGGAAUCGGAACAUACCUCACCACUAGCGAGGUGUCGCAGGUGAAAGCCACAGUACAGAAGGUUCUCGACGAGAUGGUAGCCUGGAACUUGGGCGCGCACGUCAUGGCUGGCUACGAAUUCCUGAUGCAGAAUUAUCAAGAGGGGGACAAGAUCUGUCUCUUUGGAUUCUCACGAGGCGCAUACACCGCACGCGCUCUUGCUGGGAUGCUCCACAAAGUUGGUCUCCUCCCAGCGUGCAAUCAUCAGCAAGUACCGUUCGCCUACAAGAUGUACUCCCGUGAAGACGAACAAGGUUGGGCGCAGUCCACGGCUUUCAAGAAGGCAUUCUCCAUCGAUGUCGACAUCGACUUUAUUGGCGUAUGGGACACUGUCUCCUCUGUCGGUGUGAUUCCCCACACCCUUCCAUUCACGAGUUCAAACAAGGCGAUCCGCGUCUUUCGGCAAGCUCUCUCGUUAGAUGAGCGCCGAGCUCGCUUCAAACCCGCCUUAUACAUCCAUCCAAAACCGCGCGAUAAGAAGCACGGCACCCAGCCAGGGGACAUGCCCAAGUCAGACACGACAUGGGCCACACAGUCAGCAUACCGUCGUGCUGGCAGCAAGCAAGCCUCUGUCCGCAAGUCGCAACGGCAGCAUGAGCGCGAUUUCAACGCCACCGAUCCCGAUCAUCCCGAGGCCGUAGGAGAAACGGAUGUAUACGAGGUUUGGUUCGCGGGAAACCACUGCGACGUGGGCGGCGGGAACGUGACGAGCGACGUGCCACACAGCCUUUCCCGCAUCCCGCUCCGCUGGAUGAUCCGCGAAUGCUUCAAGAUGGACACCGGCAUCCGCUUCCACGGCGAGCUGCUCAGGCGCAUCGGCAUGGACCCCGCCCACCUCCACCCGCGCGCGUUGGGCCCAGCGCCCGUCGCAACUGAGGAAGAGUACGACGCCCGCGACGCCGUGAUGGAGGCGUUCGACGAGCUCGUCGCAGCCCGUCGUGAGUACAAGGAGGAGCGCACGACGACGAUGAAUCUGGGCCGCGGUCGUCUUGUCCCAAAGCACCACUCGCCGUUCCACGUCCACCGUAGCGUCAAGAUGCGGAUGGAAGCCGAGGGGUUGAAGGGGGGGAAGUAUCUCCCGAAGGCCAAGUACGCGCAUGAUCCGAUAUGGGUCGACUGA